UCUCUUUCUGUGAAAAUGGAGGGGGUGGAUCAUUUGGCGCAAGAGCGGAGCAAGGCGCAUUUCGAUGUCGACCAGAUGAAAGUCAUCUGGGCCGGCUCUCGCCACACCUUGGAAGUGUCCGAUCGAAUUGCUCGCCUCGUCGCUAGCGAUCCGGUCUUUAGAAAGGAUAACAGAACAUUGCUGAGUAGGAAGGAUUUGUUUAAAAACACUCUGCAAAAAGCGGCUCAUGCUUGGAAACGGAUCACAGAGCUGCGGCUAUCCGAGGAAGAGGCAUACUGGUUAAGGCAUUAUGUGGAUCAACCAGCGUAUACGGAUCUUCACUGGGGAAUGUUCGUGCCUGCUAUUAAAGGAUCAGGUACUGAGGAGCAGCAAAAGAAGUGGUUGCCGCUGGCAUACAAAAUGCAAAUCAUUGGUUGCUAUGCUCAGACUGAACUUGGUCAUGGCUCCAAUGUUCAAGGGCUGGAGACCACUGCAACUUUUGAUCCAAAGACUGACGAGUUUGUUAUUAAUAGUCCUACUCUCACAUCAAGCAAAUGGUGGCCUGGUGGUUUAGGAAAGGCUGCUACACAUGCUGUUGUUUAUGCCCGUCUUAUUACUGAUGGUCAAGACCAUGGAGUGCAUGGUUUCAUUGUCCAACUUCGGAGCUUGGAUGAUCACUUACCACUUCCAGGCAUAAUAGUUGGCGAUAUUGGGAUGAAAUUUGGAAGUGGGGCAUACAACUCCAUGGACAAUGGUGUUCUUAGACUUGAUCAUGUCCGUAUACCAAGGGAACAAAUGUUGAUGAGGGUCUCACAGGUCACAAGAGAAGGAAAAUACGUACAAUCCAAUGUUCCACGACAGCUGCUGUAUGGAACUAUGGUUUAUGUGCGGCAAACGAUUGUAGCUGAUGCUUCCUCUGCUUUAUCACGGGCAGUAUGUAUUGCUACUAGGUAUAGUGCCGUUCGUCGACAAUUUGGUUCACAAGAUGGUGGCCUUGAAACACAGGUCAUUGAUUACAAGACUCAGCAAAGUAGGCUCUUCCCUUUGCUGGCUUCUGCCUAUGCUUUUAGAUUUGUUGGUGAGUGGUUGAAAUGGCUAUACACGGAUGUGACAGAGAAGUUGCAAGCUAAUGAUUUCUCGACAUUGCCUGAGGCUCAUGCAUGCACUGCGGGUCUGAAAUCAUUGACCACUUCUGCAACUGCUGAUGGCAUUGAAGAAUGCCGGAAAUUAUGUGGUGGCCAUGGUUAUCUAUCUAACAGUGGGCUUCCUGAAUUAUUUGCCGUUUAUGUACCAGCAUGUACAUAUGAAGGAGACAACAUUGUUCUACUUCUACAGGUUGCAAGGUUUCUAAUGAAGACUGUUGCUCAGCUACCAUCUGGUAAAAAGCCUGUUGGAACCACAACUUAUAUGGGCCGUGCUCAACAUUUGAUCCAAUGUCGUUCUAGUGCUCAAAAAGCUGAGGAUUGGUUGAACCCUAGUGUGAUACUUGAGGUAUUUGAAGCAAGGGCUAUUAGGAUGUCGAUUGCCUGUGCUCAAGACCUUAGCAAGUUUUCAAAUCAAGAAGAAGGCUUUGCAGAACUCUCAUCUAAUUUAGCUGAGGCAGCAGUAGCUCAUUGCCAAUUAAUUGUUGUUUCCAAGUUCAUCGAUAAAGUCCAACAAGACAUACCAGGGAAGGGGGUGAAAAAACAGCUGGAGAUCCUCUGCAACAUCUAUGCUUUAUACACCAUUCACAAGCAUUUGGGUGAUUUCCUCUCCACUGGAAGCAUCACAGCAAAGCAAGCUUCACUUGCAAAUGAUCAACUUCGAUCUCUUUAUUCCCAGCUCCGUCCCAAUGCCAUUGCCCUCGUUGAUGCAUUUAAUUUCACCGACCACUACCUCGGCUCAAUUCUAGGCCGCUAUGAUGGUAAUGUGUACCCGAGUCUCUAUGCGGAGGCUUGGAAAGAUCCUCUUAACGAGUCAGUUGUGCCCGAUGGCUAUCGGGAAUAUGUCCAGCCCCUGCUGAAGAACCAGCUCCGUAACGCAAGACUGUGAUUAAUGGUGUGAUGGGGGAUUUUGUCGUCGCCAAUAAAAGCACCAGCAGGUGGUUGCUGAUCAACAUCGAAUACUCGUAUUUAUGUAGCGUGAAACUUUUCUUAAGUAAUUGUAAUGAUUUGUUCCUGAAUAUGGGAGACAAUGUAAUCUUAUUGACUAUAUGAAUGUGGCUAACAGAGUAUAAAUAAAAGUUAUGUUGUAAGUUUUGACGGCAAUUUUGCUGCUGAAGAUGGA